GUGACCCCUUCCCUUCUCUUCCGUGCGUCCGGAAAGCUUCGGUAGGACGCUUAGCUUGGCCGUCAUCAUUAACCUUCCCAACCUCCCCCACGCGGCCGCCAUCACCACCACCACCUCCUCCCCCCCACCUCCCCUCCUCCGAUCCCUUUCGCCCGCUCAACCACCCGUCGGCCGGCGAUGCUCCGGCCGCCGACGCCGACGCGGCGCCUCCUCCAGAGCGUCGGCGGUGGGAGCAACCCCAACCGCAUCCCUGGCAUCCCGCCCGCCGAUCCCCCCUCCGGCGGCGUCAGCUCCGAUGUCGUCGUCAUCCUCGCCGCCCUCCUCUGCGCCCUCAUCUGCGUCGUCGGCCUCGCCGCCGUCGCCCGCUGCGCCCGUAACCGCCGCAACAGCGGCGGAGCCGGCGCCGGCGCCGGCUCCGCCUCCCCGUCGCACAGCCCGGCCCACGCGGGGCACUUCGGCGGAGGAGGGAGCGGAGGUGGCGGCGUAACGACGACGACGGCGGCGACGACCGCCGCCAAGGGGCUGAAGAAGAAGGCGCUGAAGGCGCUGCCGAAGCUGGCGUACGCGGACGCGGUGGCGGCGGCGGCGGCGGCGAGGGGCACGGUGGUGGGGGAGGAGGAGGAGGGGAAGGUGGAGGUGCUCGCCGAGUGCGCCAUCUGCCUUUCCGAGUUCGGCGAGCGGGAGGAGGUCCGCGUGAUGCCGCAGUGCGGCCAUGGCUUCCACGUCGCCUGCGUCGACACCUGGCUCCGAUCCAACUCCUCCUGCCCCUCCUGCCGCCGCCCCAUCGUCCUCGACGACCCCUCGCCGCCCAAGCGCUGCCGCAAGUGCGAGGCCAUAGUCCUCGAGGCCGUCGUCGCCGCCUCCUCCUCCUCCUCCUCCUCCGCCGCCACCGCCACCGGCAGCGGCGGAGGCGGCGGCGGUGGCGGUGGCCGAUUCUUGCCGUAGUGUAGGGAGGAUGGUUGUGUCCCUGACGGGUGGGGCCCAGGUCGGUGUGGGUAGUUGAGCUGCUCCUUUCCACCCAUGGCCCACAUGUCAGUAGAGAGAGAGCUCUUGAAAAAGUUUUCUUCAGAAAAAGAAAUGGAAAGGAGAAUAAUUAGAACUUGUGAAUGAAUUGUGAUUCUUUUUUUACACCUUUUUGGGUUCCUUCCAGCUUCUGUCGGGGGCAUGACAUCACAUACAGUCGUUGUUGAUGUAAUCUGUAAAAAAAAAAUUAUAUCAGUUAUGGUUGGGGUAAAAAAAAAAGAUUUUUACUA